GUCCCCCAACAGGUCAAAGACGCGGCCCUCCCCACCUGUCUCUCCCUUCUCUUCUUCCUCUCCCCUUCCCAUCCCCAUCUAGGCGGGAGGGGGCUGCUGGCCCACGGGAAGGUCUGUGACGAAGGGCGGGCGGCGGGACCGGGAACUGGUGGCCAGGGCCGCGAGGCACCGGCGGGUGAGGAGGCACUUGUUGCUCUGGGUUGCCCAGCCGCUUCUUGCAGCCGUUUCGCAGUGGUCAGCUCGCGGCUGGCAGAGCGCGUUGGGACGUUUCUGCACUGCCAAGUUUUGCCUCCUAAUGGGCUGGGUGACACCGGCGAGACAAAAUCGGGGAAGCAGGGGCAAGGAUUCCGAGCUAAAUGCUACUGCGUCUUCAGACGGAUCCAACAACACUUACUGAGCGCCUAUGGAGCACAGACCCAGGCCGGGGGGUCAGGGCUAGUGGAGGGGGAGGCGGUAACGGGAGGCCUCAGAUACGAAUGGAGACAGGGUCUUGCCUAGGGGAGCUCACAGCCUGAAGGGGGAGACAUGGUAAAAUGGUCUUCCCCGGGAAGCGAUAUCAGAACAGAGCACCACAGCUCCAGCUGGCAGCAACACCUCCCACCAAUUUAUCCAACUUCUGCCAAGGCUCUGAAAUGCCAACUAUGUCGAGGCCUGCACUUGAUGUCAAGGGUGGCACCUCACCUGCGAAGGAGGAUGCCAACCAAGAGAUGAGUUCUCUGGCCUACUCUAACCUGGGGGUCAAAGAUCGCAAAGCAGUGGCCAUCCUGCACUACCCUGGGGUUGCCUCGAAUGGAACCAAGGCCAGUGGGGCUCCCGCUAGCUCCUCAGGAUCUCCAUCUCCAAUAGGCUCUCCUACUGCCACCCCUCCCAAUAAACCCCCACCCUUCAACCUGCACCCCGCCCCUCACCUGCUGGCCAGUAUGCAGCUGCAGAAACUUAAUAGCCAGUAUCAUGGGAUGGCCGCCGCCACUCCGGGCCAACCCGGGGAGGCAGGUCCCCUGCAGAACUGGGGCUUCGGGGCUCAGGCGGGAGGGGCGGGGUCACUCUCUCCCUCUACUGGUGCCCAGAGCCCUGCCAUCAUCGACUCGGACCCGGUGGAUGAGGAGGUGCUGAUGUCGCUGGUGGUGGAACUGGGACUGGACCGAGCCAAUGAGCUUCCGGAGCUGUGGCUGGGGCAGAAUGAGUUUGACUUCACGGCAGACUUUCCGUCUGGCUGCUGAUGCCAACUGUUCCUAAAGAUGGAGGAAUAAAAGCCACCAAUUCUGUUGUAAAUAAAAAUAAAGGUUACUUACAAAGA